UAUCAGUUGGAAAAAAUUUAACAGGCGGAGACCAGCAGCCACACAAAUUCCCAUUUUUAGCUUUGUUCGUCGCUACCAGUAUAUCUUCCUUUCCAACCACAAAGCUUCUCUUGUCUCCCUCUCUCAUGGGAGCUCCCAAAAUUUGCAUGUGAAGAGAGGUAAGUGUGAUUAUCAAUCCCUGUUUGUUUCGAUUGAUUUGUCGAAUUCUCGCAAUUCUUGGGCAGAUGAAGUUGUAGAGGUAAAAGGGUUCUUUUUAAACUUUGUUUUGAUGGGUUCCAUGGUGGUUCUUGUAGGAAGCAUGCCGUCUUUGGCUUCCUUGAUUAGCUUAGGAAGCCCUAAUGUGGCGGCAGCCACUACAAGUUCAUCUGAAUCUUCUUAUUUUUCUUCGUAUUCACUUGUUAGGAGAGUUUCUUUAUCUAAACGGAGUGCCAAGAGAUGGCAUUGUGUAUGUAAAUAUUCGUUCACUACCACAGAUUUUAUUGCUGAGCAAGGAAAUGCUGUUUCUCUUGAUUCUAAUAAUUCAUUUAGAGCGAGCAGUAAUGGCGAUGUUGAUAGCGAAAUCUUACUUAAGCCUGCUCCUAAGCCUGUGUUGAAAUCUUCUCUUGGCUCAAAAGGUGAAUCCCUUUUAGGUAUGAGCUCCAUUGAGUUGGACUCUUCGAGGGAUUCUGAUGAUGACCGAGAGAGGAAUGAGGUGAUUGGGUCUCUUGGAGAAGUGUUGGAAAAGGCUGAAAAGCUUGAGAUUUCCAAGCCAACUCCAAGCGCUACGAGGAAAGAUAAUGGAAAUGUAAAUAAAAUCACACCAUCUAACGCGGGUGCUAACUCGAGAGUCGCUAAACCUGGGAAUUCAGCGGCUUCUCGCAAAAUUAAAACUUUGAAGAGUGUUUGGAGGAAAGGGGACACUGUAGCAAAUGUGCAAAAAGUUGUGAAGGAAGUUCCUAAGACUAAUAAUAAGGCUGUGAAAGAACCUGUAACAGGGGAAAGGACAAAUCUAGAAUCUCAACCUAGUGUUCCUUUAAGGCCUGUGCAGCCACCCCUGAGACCUCAACCCAAGCUACAGGCUAAGCCAUCUGUAGCGCCUCCUCCUAUGAUGAAAAAACCCGUUAUCUUGAAGGAUGUGGGGGCAGCUCCAAAUUCACCAGUUAGUGAUAAAUCUGAUAUGGGUGCUACAAAAGGUAACGGACCAAUUUUAGUUGACAAAUUUGCCCGCAAAAAACCAGUUGUUGAUGCUCUAGUUGCUCAGGCAGUGUUAGCCCCCACAAAACCAGCAAAGGGCCCUGCACAGGGGAAGUUCAAAGACCGAAAGAAAAGUGUUUCACCUGGAGGACCUCGAAGACGAAUUGUUGAUGAUGAUGAUGUUGAGAUUCCUGAUGAGGAGGCAUCGGAGCUCAAUGUCCCUAUUCCAGGUGCGGCUACAGCGAGGAAAGGAAGGAAAUGGAGUAAAGCUAGCCGAAAGGCUGCUAGACUCCAGGCUGCCAAAGAGGCAGCUCCUGUUAGAGUAGAAAUUUUAGAAGUUGGGGAAAAAGGUAUGUUGGUUGAGGAGUUAGCCUACAACUUGGCCAUCAGUGAAGGUGAAAUUCUUGGGUAUCUCUACUCAAAGGGGAUUAAACCUGAUGGGGUGCAAACACUGGAUAAGGACAUGGUAAAGAUGGUGUGCAAGGAGUAUGAUGUGGAGGUCAUAGAUGCUCAUCCUGUUAGAUUUGAAGAAAUGGCAAGAAAAAGGGAAAUUCUUGAUGAAGAUGAUCUGGACAAACUAGAAGAGAGGCCUCCUGUCCUUGCUAUAAUGGGGCAUGUGGAUCAUGGCAAGACUACCCUAUUGGAUUACAUUCGUAAAAGCAGGGUUGCUUCCUCAGAAGCUGGUGGGAUCACACAAGGGAUUGGAGCAUAUACAGUUCAUAUACCUGUUGAUGGGAAGCUGCAACCUUGUGUUUUCCUUGAUACUCCUGGGCAUGAGGCAUUUGGAGCAAUGAGAGCUCGUGGAGCAAGGGUGACUGAUAUUGCAAUCAUUGUGGUGGCUGCUGAUGAUGGGAUUCGUCCUCAGACAAAUGAGGCCAUAGCUCAUGCCAAAGCAGCUGGAGUUCCGAUUGUAAUUGCUAUAAAUAAGAUAGAUAAAGAUGGAGCUAAUCCAGAAAGAGUCAUGCAAGAUCUUUCUUCGAUUGGUCUCAUGCCAGAAGACUGGGGUGGUGACAUCCCAAUGGUUCAGAUCAGUGCUCUCAAGGGAAACAACAUAGAUGAUUUACUAGAAACUGUUAUGCUUGUUGCUGAGUUACAAGAGUUGAAGGCUAAUCCUCGUAGAAAUGCAAAGGGUACUGUUAUUGAGGCAGGUCUUCAUAAAUCCAAAGGACCACUAGCUACAUUUAUUGUACAGAAUGGUACCCUUAAAAAAGGGGAUGUAGUGGUUUGUGGAGAAGCCUUUGGCAAGGUGCGAGCUUUGUUUGAUGAUAGUGGAAACCGAGUUGAUGAAGCUGGACCAUCUAUUCCUGUACAGGUUAUUGGAUUGAGUAAUGUACCAAUUGCUGGUGACGAAUUUGAGGUCAUUGCCUCCCUUGAUAUUGCACGUGAAAAGGCUGAAGCACGUGCAGAAUCAUUGCGAAAUGAGCGAAUAUCAGCUAAGGCAGGGGAUGGAAAGGUCACACUUUCUUCCUUGGCAUCUGCUGUUUCGUCUGGAAAGCUUUCCGGAUUAGAUUUGCACCAGCUAAACAUCAUAAUGAAAGUUGAUGUUCAGGGAUCUAUUGAAGCUGUCAGACAAGCCUUACAGGUGCUGCCCCAAGAUAAUGUCACAUUGAAGUUCCUGUUGCAAGCAACAGGGGAUGUAAGCACCAGUGAUGUUGAUCUUGCCAUUGCUAGUGAAGCUAUUAUUUUAGGAUUUAAUGUCAAAGCGCCAGGCUCUGUCAAGAGCUAUGCAGAAAACAAAGGUGUUGAGAUUCGGCUAUAUAGAGUUAUCUAUGAUCUCAUUGAUGAUGUACGAAAUGCAAUGGAAGGACUUCUAGAGCCUGUUGAGGAACAAACAACAAUUGGCUCAGCAGAAGUCCGGGCUGUGUUUAGCAGUGGUAGCGGUCGCGUUGCUGGAUGUAUGGUCAUGGAUGGAAAAGUAGUGAAAGGCUGUGGCAUUAAGGUCAUUCGAAAUAAAAAGACUGUCCAUGUUGGUGUUCUGGAUUCCCUGAGACGAGUUAAGGAAAUUGUUAAAGAGGUAAAUUCUGGGCUGGAGUGUGGUAUUGGGGCGGAAGUCUAUGAUGAUUGGGAAGAAGGAGAUAUAAUCGAGGCAUUUGACACAGUUGAGAAGAAGCGAACCCUCGAAGAAGCAUCAGCUUCCAUGGCAGCUGCACUGGAAGAAGCAGGAAUUAACUUGUAGAGGAACCUACAUUUGGCUUGAAAAUUUGCAAAUUUGCUUUCCCUGAUGGAUGCAAGAAAAGCAUUACAAUUCAUACAAAUCAGUGCUCUAUCAUUGCUCGGCAAGAGGAAUAUAUAUUCGAGUUAGCCUUGGCAUGCAAUUUAUUUCAAAAGUGCCAAGUGCUUGAGAGUCUGAGGUCUGAGCUUGCGGUGAUUUUGCCCGUUGUAUGCUUUACUGUUUUUCUCUUUAAAUGUAUAUAUCACAUCUUAGCUUCUUUAUGUAAAGGAGGAAAAAUCAUACAGCUCCAUUAACGAUUAUAUGCCUCAAAAAUAUUUUGUAAUGUCA